UUGCGAUAUUUCCUGCCGCGGGUCCCACCACCGUUCCUCCCCCUUCUUCUUCGCUCCCCUUAUAUUCCCCCGUUCCACCAAAAUCUAAUUAUAUCCCCACCCAAAACCCACCCCCAACCAAAGCAACAACCUUGCUCUCUUCGCUGAUGGAGCCGGCGACGGCCGCCGGCGUAGGAGGCCCCGGCUCCGGGCCUGGAUACCCCGACUCCACGGAGUCCUCUCCGCGCAGCCGGGGCGGCGACUCGUGGGACGAGUCCUUUCCGUCCUCCGCGGUAGCGGCGGGCGGCGGCGGGCGGCUGCGCCUGAUGUGCAGCUUCGGCGGCCGAAUCGUCCCGCGGCCAACCGAUAAGUCGCUCUGCUACCUGGGCGGGGAGACCCGGAUUGUAGCCGUCGACCGGCACGCGUCCCUCGCCGACGUGCACGCGCGCCUCUCGCGGUCGCUGCUCGGGGGCCGCCCCUUCACGCUCAAGUACCAGCUCCCCAACGAGGACCUCGACUCCCUCAUCUCCGUCUCCACCGACGAGGACCUCGACAACCUCGUCGACGAGUACGACCGCAUCGCCGCCUCCUCCUCCGGCGGCGGAUCGUCUCGGACCUCCCGGAUCCGGAUCUUCCUCUUCCCGGCCAAGCCUGAGUCCUCCUCGCUCGGCUCCCUCCUGGAUGACUCCUCCAAGUCGGAGAACUGGUUCGUCGACGCCCUCAACAGCGCCAUCUCCGGCUCACUCGACGGCAUCCCGCGGGGGAUCUCCACCGACUCCGCCUCCGUCAACUGCCUCCUCGGCCUCGAGGAUGACUCCUCCGUGCACUCCCGCGGCGGGGUGCCCAACUCGGGUCCGACGGAGGACCAGCGCGCCAACCAGCAGAAGCUCCCGGCCGCCGCCGCUGGGAGGCACCCGCACGACGUCCAGUCCGUGCCUGACUCGCUGAUGCUGGAUAAGAACUCCUCGUUCGGGUCGACCUCCUCGGCGCCGUCGCUAUCGAAUCUGCCGCCUAUACGUGUGCGGCCGGAGGACCGCCCACCGGACGGCCGCGUCGGACCACCUGCCACCGUGGAGGAUCACUUCGCGCAGAUGGGGAUCUCCGAGCAGCAGAUGCCGCCUGCUGUGGCAUACAUGCAGCCGCCCCCGCAGGUGCCGAUUCCUGCCAUGGCCGUUCCGGUUUCCAGCAUCUCGCCCUCUGAGGCGUCUAGCCGAGUGUUCUCGGACGAUGACAAGUCCGAUCACGGGGGCGGAGGUCGGAAGCCACCGCCUCCAAAGCAGGAGGUUCCACCCGUUGUUGAUCCCACCAAUAGAGCCGUCUAUUACAACGAUAACUCUCCUCCAAGCGAAUUGAAGCGGGACAUGCAGGUGGGAACUGAUGCUGGCAGCUAUCGCAUCCCAGUAUCAGCUGCGGAUGCUGCCGCUGCUGCUACACAGCCCCCGGCUGGAUAUUUCUAUGCCCAGAUGCAUGCGCCUCCGCCGCAGCAGCAACCGCCGCAGCUGCAGCCGCAGCAACAACCACCGCAGCUGCAGCCGCAGCAACCACAGCAGCCAGCUCCACAGCAAAUUGUCACUGCAGGAAAUCAACAUUUCAUCCACAACCCAACCACUGGCACCUUCUUUCCAAUCAACCCAUAUUACCACCAUCCUGUCCCUCAGCCAGCACCUCAGCCAGUGCUGCAGCCGCAACAGUCACAUUCAUUCGACCCGAAUACCGGCAUGUAUUACAUUCCUAACAUUCCUAUGCGGUCGAAUGCACCUCGGCAAUAUAGCAUGCCUCCUGGUGUGCAAGCAAGUUUGCCACCUCCUACGCUUGUUGACACAACGCCGAAGCCAACCGUGCCGAUCCCUCAGAUUGCUGUAAAGCCUGAGUUGCAGCAACCUGGUGUUUACCGAACAACAGUCGCUGCCACCCCUGCACAAGUGCCUAAUGCAGCACCUGGAUAUGCCGGGAUGGGCUACCAUCAUGUUAUUCAGUCCCACCACCAUCCCGCACAGCAACCUGUAGCGAACAUGGCAGGCAACUUUGGCUAUGAGUAUGCUGAUCCCACACGUGCACAAGUCUACUACUCACAGGCGGCAGCACCUCCAACAUUGCCAGCUCAGUAUCAGCCCAUUGUCUCGCCCGAUGCUGGCCAGGGUGACAUUAAGCAGAACCGCGCCUCAUAGCUCAAGGAUUGGUGAAUUUGGGUAUGUUGCCAAUUCUAGAAGCCUAGUUGUCCUGCUGUUACUUAUCAUUAUUGUUAUUACUACAUGUUACAUGAGUCCGUGGUGAACAGUGGAUAGUGUUAUUAGGCAGCUGUGCAUUUGGGUUCAAAUGAAGUAUGCAUCCAAGCUUGUGAUUAGAGGGGGGUUCAAAUUAAGAUUAUAAUGGAUUGGAUGGUUGUUGUGCUGGCGAGGCUGUGAGGAGGGUGUUUGUGAUUGGUUCUUGAGAGGCCAAUUUACAUUGUUGGAUUAGAGUGGGGAAAGAGUGAAGUAUUGGAUCCCAGUUCCAAUUGCUGUCUUUUUCUUAUUUUGAAUAAAUAUAUAAUGUCCAAAAGAACUUGGUAAAAAUCAAGAACUCAUCAUUUGUGUAGCCCUCUGUAUAUUUGAACUCAUGGAAGUCUCAGGUUGAGGUGUCAUUAUAAAUGUUAUUAGUUUGCCUGUAGAAACCUUAUUCGAGUUAAAUAUCAUAUGUAUACAUCGGUCCCAUUUUGUAUUUUGUUAUUGAUGUUGAUAUGUUUCUUGUGGUUUAAUACAUUGACUUGGAUUGGAUUUUCUUUCAA